AUGGUUUCAGCUGGUGGGGCCGGAUCAGCCUAUUAUAGAGACUGUGGAGGCUUCAUUCAAGGAGGUCAUGGUGGUGAUCUAAAUGGUUCUGAUGAAACUAUUUGCACUAAUGUGGAGGGACAUUCAAUUUCCCAGGCUAUUGGUGCAAAACAAAAUUUAUACGGAAUAGGUGCAAGUUCAUACGGAAUCAAUGGGAGCUUUGGAAUCGGAGGAUACUGUGGUCAUAAUAGUCAUGGUAGUGGAGGUAGUGGUGGCUAUUAUGGAGGUGGUAGUGGUGGUGCUGUUUAUUCACGCGUUGCAAGUGGGUCAGGAGGUUCUUCAUAUAUAAGUGGUCAUGAAAAUUGUAAAGCGAUAAGUAAAGAUUAUAAUGAAACGAAUAUGAAACAUCUCGAUACAUCUGUCCAUUUCUCUGGUUUCAAGUUUUAUUCGACAACACUUCUGAAUGGUAAUUCGAGAAUUCCUGGAUUCACAUCGAAUACAUUCGAAAACGGUCACAAUGGAUAUGGCCAAGCUCGAAUAACUGUUCUUGAAACUAUGAAUCCUAUAUCGAAAUGCUUUUGUUCUUAUAUAAAAUUUUCUUACAUAUUAUUAUUCACUAAUAUUGAACUUUCUGAAGAAGAAUAA